CACUGACACCAGCACCUACGUUAACCAAAAUGUCCCAGGACUAAGGCACCAACUCCCUGCCACAGCUGCAGCCCGAGCACCUCCUGGAGCAAGCCACAGCUGCCCCAGGGAAUGGCCUGAACAGGAGGCACUGCACGCACAGCAGCGAGCCCUGAGCCACAGCAGCCCCAUCAGCAGGCAGCAGUGAACCUACACAAACAGCUCUGCUCACAGAGAAAUGCACCCAGUUCCAGCCCCUACCCAACAAACACAUCAGCAAUCCACAGCUCUCCACGCAGGAGAGCUGCUCCUCUCCAGGACCAGAAAGGGGCUGUAAGCAGCACAGUGCAUCCCCUGCCUACGUGGGCCAAAGCCCCAGGAAUCUGCUCUGGAGAGCCAGAGCCAAGCCCAGGCCCCUGUGCCAGUGACAGCAGCUGCAGGAGAGGGGGCAGACCCCGAGCACCACUGCCAGGUGGCUCUGAGCAGGCUCUUGAACUGCUUUGGCAAUGCCAUCCAGAACAAGAAAUUCACACACAAACAACAUCCAGGAGCUACAUUUGAGGGUCAUCCUGGAAUGCUGUCGGGAAACACCCUGUGGUGUAGCAGGUCUGUCCCGUGCACACACAAACCCAGAACUGUGUGUGCCUGCAGAGGCAGGGUCAGGUUUCCUCUCCUAGUGCAGCAGCAGAUGGUGUGCUUUCUCACGCAGAGCAAAGGGAAGAGACAAAAGCAAUAGCAAAUGUGACUAACAGGCGACACUGAAAAUGAGGAAGGAAACCACACUCCAACAGAAAAAGGUCUCAUCUUUCUACAUUUCCCCACUCUUAACACUUUGCUGGAGGCUUCUGCUGGCAGAGGAGCAGCGGAUGGGAUGGAGGCGGCCUCAGAGGGCUCUGUGACAGCUGCUGCAGGUUUGUCCAGUCUGUUUCCAACGAUGGGAGACUCUGCAAACACGAGCUCUGCGGGUAACAGCAGCGGGGCCCCCUCCCCUGCCCAGUGCCACCGUGACACCGCUGUCACCCAGCUGCUCUUCCCCGUGCUCUACACGCUCGUCUUCCUCCUGGGACUCGUGCUCAACAGCCUGGCUUGCUGGGCCUUCUUCCACAUCCCAAGCACAUCAACCUUCAUCGUCUACCUGAAAAACAUCCUGGUUUCUGAUUUUAUAAUGACCCUGAUGCUCCCUCUGAAGAUCCUGACGGACUCGGGGCUGGGCCCGUGGCAGCUCAAGGCCUUUGUCUGUCGCUGCUCAGCCGUGAUAUUCUAUGACACCAUGUACAUCAGCAUAGUGCUGCUCGGGCUCAUUGCUCUCGACAGAUUUCUCAAGAUUGUGAGGCCGUUUGGGAAGUUCUGGGUGCAAAAUCUGACCUCAGCAAAGAUCCUGGCAAUCCUGGUCUGGCUCUUCUUCCUCGUUCUCUCCCUGCCCAACAUGGUCCUGUCCAACAAGACAGCGACGCCCCAGUCGGUGAGGAAGUGUGCCUCCCUGAAGAGUUACCUCGGACUCAAAUGGCACGAAGCCGUCAACUACGUCUGCCAGUUCAUCUUCUGGACUGUCCUCAUCCUCAUGUUGCUAUUUUAUGUCAUUAUUGCCAAAAAGGUGUAUGAGUCCUAUGUGAAAACACAGAAGAAGGGCAACAGAAGCGAGAAACGGAUCAAGGGGAAAGUGUUCAUCAUUUUUACCGUGUUCUUCGUGUGCUUUGCCCCCUUCCACUUCAGCAGGGUGCCCUACACCGUGAGCCAAACCAGCGCCCGCAUGGACUGCCGCCUGCAGAAGCAGCUCUUCGUGGCCAAGGAGGGCACGCUGUGGCUGGCAGCCACCAACGUCUGCAUGGACCCCCUCAUCUACAUGUUCCUGUGCAAGCCCUUCGUGGAGAGGGCCUUCUGCAGGAGGGUAAGGGCCCUGCAGAGAGCAGUCCAGACAAACCCAAAAACAGAACUGGACACUCGAGUGUCUCCUACUGACUCGUGAUUCUGCAGCUGCACGCUCUGCAUGCUCACAGAGGACUUGAGAAACAGCUUGGUUUACUUCUGCUGAGGUGCACGAAAGGGUGUUUGCCAAGUAACAUUAACACUCAAUAAAUGCAGCAAAAUGG